UGCUGCCCCGCAGCUGAGAUCCUACCACACCUCUUAUGAUAUCCUUGCACCUUGCUUUAAUAAACUCGUUCGCUGAGAGCGAAACACGUCACUUUGAAUUUCAACGGCCAAGUUUCAUUUCCGAGUAUAGAAGGCGGUUGAUCAGCUCCUCUUUCCACACACGCCUCUUUCUCAUCAUCAUCACGCACUCUCAUCAACUCAUACUCCUGGACAUCAAUCAUGUGGCUCUCAGAUACUCAGAAGAUCGGCGUUGGCUUGACCGCGUUUGGACUAUUCUUCAUGCUUAUGGGCGUCAUGAUGUUCUUUGAUGGAGGGCUUUUGGCUAUUGGAAACAUCUUGUUCCUGGCGGGACUUACACUUGUCAUUGGAACGCAAAAGACAAUAUAUUUCUUUGCCCGUCCUCAAAAAAUGCGCGGGACGAUCUGCUUUUUUGGAGGAAUUCUUCUGGUUUUUAUCAAGUGGCCCAUCAUAGGCGUUAUUGUCGAGUUUGUGGGAUUCAUCAAUCUUUUUGGCGACUUUUUCCCGGUGAUUAUCGGCUUCUUGAGGAGACUGCCGGUCAUUGGAAACGUGCUGAGUGCACCAGGAAUCUCCAAGAUUGUGGAUCGUAUGAGUGGCCAAAGGCUGCCUGUCUAAUUUUUAGCGCGUUUUUUUACAUACAUUCAUACGUUUACUAUCUGCAAUACCCUCAUUAAUGAAGAACGUGUAAACUUGCUUGUAUUUUGGACCGCGUCCAUUUGUCUAUUUGUGAGCCAAUAUCGAUAUGCGGUGUGAGAUGUGAAGAAAGGGUAGCGCGUUUGGGUAACUGAGAUGAAAAAUAAAAACACCCUAAACAUUGUUAUACAAAGUAAA